AUGGACGGACGACCGCGCAACUACCCCAAUGGGCUGGGCGACCCCCGCGGACCCCCAAGCCGUCCCUCUACCGGGGGCGGCGCACGAGGACCACCGUCAACCACCAGUGCGAGCUCGACACCCUCUACCAUGUCGCGCGCCGAGCGCUUCGACGAUGAGCGGCGCCGCAUCACCGAGAGCUGCUUCUCCAAGGUGGACGAGCAGGGCCAGCUCCAGGAGUCGUACAUCACCCACAUCCGCGUCCAGGAAGACGGGGGAUUCCCGCAGUCUCCCCCGCCGCCCAAUGCGCCUACCUCGAGCAAGAAGAACAGGGUCAUCAUCAUCUCCGUGCGGAACACGGGCAGAGUCAAGCUGCACAAGGCGAGGGAAAAUGCGAAUGGCACCUUUUCUAUUGGGAAGUCAUGGCCAAUGGAGGAGCUCUCGGCCGUCGAGAACUACGUACACGGUACGCCCAAGAAUGAGGAAGAGGCGCAGCGUCAGCAAUGGGCUGGCGACAGGGGCUUCACCGUGACCAUCCUGAAGCCCUACUAUUGGGAAGCAGGCACGGCAAAAGAAAAAGAGUUCUUCAUCGGUAGUAUGGUGAAGAUCUACCAUAAAUACACCAAAGGCGACUUUCCUAUCCUGACGGGUUUCAGUCCAGCCGAACUCAAUAGCUUGACCAAUGGAAAGCCCCAUCUUGCUACUGCCGAAGGCCGCGCUGCUUUUGCUUCCAGUGGUGGUGGUGCACCAAGCCCAGACGCCCGACCACUACCCCCCAAAUCGCCAGGGCCGCCCCCUAGACGGCCCGGCGAAUCACCUCAGAUGAUGCCAGAAGAUGCUAGGAGGGGCCCUAUACCCAUGCAGUCAAAUCCCAACUUCAGAAGGCCUCCUGGAGAACACCAAGGCCCCAGAAGGCCAGGUCCGCCAGAAGACCAACUUCGUCCUGGUAGCAGGCCAGGACUGCCAGACGAUCAGUUUCGUCCUGGCAGCAGGCCAGGCACAGCAGAUCCGUUUCGUCCCGGUAGCAGGCCAGGCACAGGAGAUGAGAGCCGUAGACCACCACCUUUUGCUCCUAAUCAGCCAACGCCUCCGCUGCCCGAUCUCAGGCAAAAACGUUCAAUGGAGCAGAGCCUUCGUUCGCGACCGAGUGGCGAUAGCAUGCGGCCGCGCCCAGGUCCUGGUCCAGGUCCAGGUCGAGAACCCGUUCCACCAACACCGCCUUUUGCAUUACGAAACCUCACACCCCAAUCUUCGAAUCCUGAAUUUGCCGGUCCUCCACGGACACCAGAUCCUGUCAAUGUUCCGGCAGCUCUUAGUCCUGGGCGCCGACCACCUGGAGACGAUGCACAGUCGAUGAGGUCGCAAAGAUCGUUCGAUUCCGCACAAGAAGGGCCACCCCCGCCAGUACCUCCACUGGAGCAACGUAGGCAGAAUGGACUUCCACCGCCUAGGUUGGACCAGUCACCCAGGGGUCUUAGGCCCGGUACCUCGCAAAGCAACGCAAGCUCGAAUCUCGCACGAAAUGAUGAAACGCCACCAGAAGAGCCUCCACAACGGAGAAGACCCCUCAUGGAGUCGCGUCCAUCACAAAUGUCGCAGAACAGUGUCGAAAGCCAGGGACAAGAUUCACGUGCUACACCUACAGGGUCCCCGGGACCGCCCAUGGAUCCUCCACCACGAAGACGACCACAGGAGAUACCAGAGAGACUGAAAUCAAGUACUCCAGACAAUAUAAGGCCAUCGCAAGAUACGCCGUCCCCAUCAAGACCUGCACAAGCGGCACCGCCACCAACGUCGCCUCUUCCAGAAAUUCCAGCAUCAUCUCCCCCCCAAGAAGCUCAGAUUGUGAGUCCUGCACCGGCGGUCCAGCCGGCCUCGGCUGAACCUGAAGUGGCUCCAGAGGCCAGCACACCUAUUGAGGAGAAGAAAGAAGACGAGGUACAUCGUCCAGGCCUAGGCCCAAUGGUGAAGAAAUCGCUGGCUCAGGCUGACGCAGCAACCAAGUUGCGGAAGGCCGCCGCAGCUGCAGGUGCUUUCAAGCCUCGAGCUGGAGGUGCUGCCGCAAAGCUGUUCAACAAGGAAGCGAAGACCUCGGAUGAAGCUGAUGGUGUUCAUGCAGUCUUCGUUCCUCAAAGGCAAGCACCCAAAGAAGCACCACAAGAAGCACCCAAAGAGGUACCUAAAGAGGAGGUUGUAGAAAAAACAGAAGAUGUUGCUCUCGUUCAACCCAAGGCACCCGAAAGGUCAUCCAAGGAACGUCCACGCAUUAGUACUGAAGUCGUCCCGUCUGUGACGGUAUCAAGCCCAUUAUCAUCAGUUCAGGCCACAGCUCUACCAGCAAUCGAAGAAACGCCUCCUCCACCAGCUCCAGAGAAGUCAGCAUCGAGAAAGGCAGAACCUGCGCCUGAGAUACGGCGAAAAAAACGCAGAUCUAAUCAGCAAAUUAUAAACAUCUCAAAGCUCGGCAUAGACCCCGGUAUCAUCGAUGAGAGAGGGCUCGAGUUUGAGAGUUUAUUGUCAGAGCUGGGCUGGGGCAGCACUGAGCUUUCGGCCAAGAAGAUUGAGUCUCUUGAGACUGACAUCAAGCGUGAAAUCGCACGCGUUGAGGCAGGCAGUUGGCUUAAUAACCUUGAGCAAAAGGACGACCGAGUCGAGGCUGUUGAGCGCAUGUUAGAUCGUGCUAUUGCCGAAUGUGACGAACUCGAGGGAUUGCUGACGUUGUACAAUGUUGAACUAAGCAGUCUGAACGACGACAUUGCCUUUAUUGAAGCCCAAAGUCAGGGUUUGCAGGUACAAACUGCCAACCAGAGAUUGUUACAGCACGAACUCCAGCAGCUGGUCGAAACCAUCUCGAUAACAUCUGAUCAACUUGAAGCCUUGAGACGCGCUCCGAUUGGAAAGAUUGAGGGUCUCAAGGACAUUGAAUCUUCGCUCGUUCUGCUCUAUAAAGCACUCGUGACCAUUGAUCCCUCGUUCGUUGCUGGCGGGCGGUCAAACGCUCCUGAGGGUGAUCACAAUGCUCUCGCUGUCAGAUUGGGCUUCGGCAAUAGUGAUCUUGCCACUAUGCAGGCUCUGCAGGAAAAACGAGAUAGGUAUUUGGGCGAAGGCGCUCAAUUCUUGGAACGACUGAAGAAGCACAUGGAGAUCACGUUCGGCGCCGCCAUCAUGACCACCAGAGAUGCACUUUCAAAGAUCGAUCAAGGGUUUUCUAUGCCAUCUUUGAAGAAGAAUGUGGAAGCCCACGAUGCUGGUCGCAACGAGUUGUGGAUGUUGAGUCCCAUCAUGUUGUUCGCAAAGGAGAUCGACCGUGGGUCUUGGGACAUGCUGCUCAGGAUGUACCAGACGCAAGCUGCACAGCUGUACCAGCAGGAAGUACGAGACAACAUACUAGCUUGGAGGAGGUUUGCUCGUAAGCCUACGGGAGAGGAGCAAGAACUACUGUUCACUGCGCAAGAGAAAGAAACCGAAAGUAUCACGGGCACCGCACGAAAGUUGACUGUCAAACGAAGCCAAACGCUAGCUCGUGGUCUCCGGUCAACGUCCGGUGACAAGGACACCAAGAAUGCUAAGCCUACAUCACAGGAUGGCAAGUUGUACGCAUACGAUGUCUUUGGUCGAGUUCUGGACGACAUCGGCCCAGUUCUGCUUACUGAGCAGAACUUCAUCACAGAGUUUUUCCACGCAACCUCUAACAAUGCUGUUGACUUUCCAGAAGCGGUACAGGCCGCGCCACCAGAAGCGCGCCGAGGACCGAAUCUAUGGAUACGGAAGCAUUUCGAGGCUGAUCGGGCCAUGGCUAAGCAUGUCACCGGCGUCAUGGAAGAAAUUUUCUCAUUCUGGCCUUCGGAGAUUCAAAGCCUUGUCGACUGGGCUUGCCAAGCAGAUCCCUUGCAAGGUGUAGGUAUCCUAGGGGCUGUCGACCGCAAGCUCGUCGACAUUGAAGAUUCCAAUCAAGACUUCCUGACACGCAACCUCCAAAAGAUACACGAGCGGCUGCAGGGCCUCUUCAGCAAGUUCCUUGAGGAGCAGAUCCGUGCAAUUGAAGACACCAAAGUGAAGAUCAAGAAGCGAAAGGGCGUAAUCGCUUUCAUGAAGAUAUUUCCCCACUUUGCCGCCGCCAUCGAGAACAUGCUCCCGCCAGCGUCCGACGGCGGCGACCAGCUAGAAACCCGACGCAUGGUCAACGACGGCUACCAACGCAUCAACAAAGCCAUGUUUGAGAGUCUAAAAGUCAUCGCGAAAGAAUCGCCCACUGUCAUGAUUUCCCAAGGGCAAGGUGACCCAGAAGACAAGGAAGCAUUAAACUACCACAUCCUCCUCAUCGAGAAUAUGAACCACUACAUGGAGGAAGUAGAGGCGCGCCCGGACUCUGUACUUGACUACUGGAAAUCCAAAGCUCAGGACGAAUACACAGAGCACAUGAACCUCUACGUCGACGCCGUCAUCCGCCGACCGUUGGGUAAACUCCUUGAAUUCAUCGAGUCCACUGAGGCCCUCCUCGCCCAACCAACCGCCACCCCACAAUCCAUCUCCCAGCGCUCCUCGCACUCGCGCCACGUCUUCAAGAAAUUGGCGCACUCGCACGACGUAAAGGAACUCCGUAAGGGCAUCGAAGCGCUCAAGAAGCGUGUGGACAAGCACUUUGGCGAUGCGGAUGACCCGACCAUUUCGCGCGAUUUAGUGUUCAAGGUACUCAAGGCGUGUGAGAAGAAGUAUGUGGGCGUGAGUGAGCGCAUGGGCGUCAUCAAUCAGGAUGUUUAUGCGGGUGAGGUCGAGGUGGAUUGGGGGGUGAGGGAGGUCGAGGCUGCUUUUAGACGAUAG